AUGCUGCGUCGUACUUCGAUGAAGAAUUCGCCGAGACACAGAGACGACGCAAACAACUUGCUUCCUUCACCAACUAGCUGCAUUAUACGCAGCACCACCACCACUAUUCUGACCCGACCCGUUACCACCAGAUCCGAAUCCACCAACCAAGUUCAGACCACUUUCGUCCAAACCGACGCUUCCUCUUUCAAGCAAGUCGUCCAGAUGCUCACCGGAUCCUCCAACUUUCACUACCCGACCCACAAACCCGACCCGAGAUCUUCCUAUCACUCAAUCCCUCCGAUCAAAGCCGUCUCCACCAAGAAGCAAUCUUUCCGACUCAACGAACGCCGCAACUCGAUGAAGCAUCUCAAGAUCAACCCGGUCCAAUCCGGGUUACCCGGAAAACUCUCCCCCAGCAUCCUUGAUUUUACGUCACUUGCACUCAGCAGCCCUGACACUCCUCUCAUUCCUGACCCGUUUUACGUAACCGGGUCUUCGAGUCGGAGCCCCAAAGAUUCCGCGUUCGUACAUUACGAUCCGAACUCAUACGCUGAAGAGAGAGCGAUCAAAGAGAAAGGGUUUUAUCUGCACCGGUCGCCGUCGACGACUCCGAGGGAUUCGGAGCCCCGACUUCUCGCUCUCUUUCCGGUGACUUCACCUCGAGCUUCAGAAUCUGUCGUCGACGCCUCUAUCUAG